CUCCUGAGACGUCUUCGCUCCAGGACCCAGGGAUCCUCGGGUGACAAGGUGACAGUCCUCACGCCAUAGUCCAGAUUUGAGCCGCAGGAUGGGGUGCAAGGUGCUGGCGGGCAUCGGGCAGCAGAUGCUGCGGCGGAAGGUGGUGGACUGCAGCUGGGAGGGGAGCCGGCUGUCCCGCUGCCUCAACACGUUCGACCUGGUGGCGCUGGGCGUGGGCAGCACGCUGGGGGCCGGCGUCUACGUGCUGGCCGGGGCCGUGGCCCGGGAGGAUGCGGGGCCCGCCAUCGUCAUCUCCUUCCUGGUGGCCGCGCUGGCCUCGGUGCUGGCCGGCCUCUGCUACGGCGAGUUUGGCGCUCGGGUCCCCAAGACGGGCUCGGCCUACCUCUACAGCUAUGUCACCGUGGGCGAGCUCUGGGCUUUCAUCACCGGCUGGAACCUCAUCCUCUCCUACAUCAUCGGUACUUCGAGCGUAGCCAGAGCCUGGAGCGCAACGUUUGACGAGCUGAUUGGCAAACCCAUCGGGGAGUUCUCGCGGAAGCACAUGGCCCUGAAUGCGCCUGGGGUGCUGGCCGAAAACCCGGACAUAUUUGCCGUGAUCAUAAUUCUCAUCUUAACAGGACUUUUAACUCUGGGCGUGAAAGAGUCAGCCAUGGUCAACAAAAUAUUCACGUGUAUCAACGUUCUGGUCCUGGGCUUCAUCAUGGUGUCGGGAUUUGUGAAAGGAUCAAUUAAGAACUGGCAGCUUACGGAGGAGGAUUUCCAGAACACAUCUGGCCGCCUCUGCCUGAACAAUGACACGGAGGAGGGGAAACCUGGUGUCGGGGGGUUCAUGCCCUUCGGGUUCUCCGGUGUCCUGUCGGGGGCAGCCACCUGCUUCUAUGCGUUCGUGGGCUUCGACUGCAUCGCCACCACAGGGGAGGAGGUCAGGAACCCCCAGAAGGCCAUCCCCGUGGGCAUCGUCGCGUCCCUCCUGAUCUGCUUCGUCGCCUACUUCGGGGUGUCGGCCGCCCUCACGCUCAUGAUGCCCUACUUCUGCCUGGACAAGGACAGCCCCCUGCCAGACGCCUUCAAGCACGUGGGCUGGGAGGGCGCCAAGUACGCAGUGGCCAUCGGCUCCCUCUGUGCCCUUUCCACCAGCCUUUUAGGGUCCAUGUUUCCCAUGCCUCGAGUUAUCUAUGCCAUGGCUGAAGAUGGACUGCUGUUUAAAUUUUUGGCCCAGAUCAACGACAGGACCAAAACACCAAUAAUCGCCACGUUAACCUCAGGUGCCAUUGCUGGUGUGAUGGCCUUCCUCUUCGACCUGAAGGACUUGGUGGAUCUCAUGUCCAUUGGCACUCUCCUGGCCUACUCUUUGGUGGCUGCCUGUGUGUUGGUCUUACGGUAUCAACCAGAGCAGCCUAACAUGGUAUACCAGAUGGCCGGGACUAGUGACGAGCUCGACCCAGUCUACCAGAACGAGCUGGUGAGCACCAGCGAUUCCCAGAUGGGCUUUUUACCAGAAGCAGAAAAGUUUUCUCUGAAAACCGUACUCUCACCCCAAAAUACAGAGCCUUCCAAAUUCUCUGGGCUAAUUGUGAACAUCUCAACCAGCCUCAUAGCCCUGCUCGUCAUCACCUUCUGCAUGGUGGCUGUGCUGGGCAACGGGGCCCUGGUAAAUGGGGAGCUGUGGGCAGUCUUCGUGCUCAUGGGCUCCGCCUUCCUCUGCUGUGUCGUCACAGCCAUCAUCUGGCGGCAGCCCGAGAGCAAGACCAAGCUCUCGUUCAAGGUGCCCUUCUUGCCGGUCCUUCCCGUCCUGAGCAUCUUUGUGAACGUCUAUCUCAUGAUGCAGUUGGACCAAGGCACAUGGGUCCGGUUUGCAGUGUGGAUGCUGAUAGGCUUCUUCAUCUACUUUGGCUAUGGUCUCUGGCACAGCGAGGAGGCGUCCCUGGCCGCCGACCCAGCAAGGACUCCUGACGGUCACUUGGACCAUUGCAAGUGACGCACAGCCCUGCCCCCAAGGCCCCGGCAGCACCUC